AUGAAAACAAAGAUCGCCACUCCCCCAAUCCUCCGCCAUUUCGACGAGACGAGAACGCCGGUACUUAUCGUAUAUGCCACGUUCGCCAGUCGCACCUUGAAGACGAACGAGUUGAAUUACAAUGUGACUGAGAAGGAGGUGUUGGCACUGCUGAAGAUCUUGGAUCUCUAUUACAAUUUGCUAGUAGGGCGUGAGAUCCGGGUCCUAACGAGGCAUUCCACGUUGGCCUGGCUGUUCAAGUCGACGGGAUUAAAGGGUCGCCUAGGCCAUUUGUCUGCCCUCCUGGCCCCGUGGACGCUCGAAAUCACGAAGUGCACGAAGGGCGAGGACGGGAUACUGGGAGCGAUGCUGCCAGCAUCAUAUCGAGACGAGGAACUAUGGGUGAUCAGCUUUGACGGAUCCGCUCGAGUUAAGCGUGGUGGGGGCGCGUUCAGCGCGAUCAGUCUGCCCGGAUGGGAGGUGGUCAAGGCCAGAUCAGGCUAUCUUGAGAGCCUCACCGUGAACGAAGCAGAAUAUAACGGCCUGAUCCUGGGACUCGACAUGCUAGAGGACCUGGAUCGCAAACGCCUGGUAGUCUGCGGUGAUUCCAACUUAGUGAUCCGACAAGUACGGGGUGAGAUCGAUUGCAAAGCACCCGGACUGACGUUAUUGAAGUAG